UUCGUAGGGAGACCUCACUCACAGGGGAUCCCCAGAGUGGUUUUUUCCCAAUGAUCCGGACAGGGCAGUUCUAUGGGAUGUGAUGACGGGUUGUAUUGGAGGCCGAUGUACGAUAGAUUAUGCAGUCAGCAGGCUGGCUCCCAUUGUGUCGGCUCGGCCUUCCCGCCAAAUCCCCGUCGCUGAGGACGGACUUUCGCCGCUUCGCGACUUGAGUGCGGAGAUCAAAGUAUCAGAUCGCAUCCCAGUCACUGGAGGAGGAUUUUGUGACAUUUGGCUUGGGGAGAGACUCGGGAAAGAAAUGGUAGCGCUCAAGGUCCUCAAAACAUAUGGGGUUCCCAACCAGAUACGGAGGGUUUUUGAAAGAAGCUGAGCUUUGGUCUGGUCUCGACCAUCCCAACAUUCUUAAAUUUUACGGGAUUUGUGAACUGGGGACAUCGACAGCAAUGGUGUCCCCCUGGCUCAAAAAUUCAAAUGUGAUUCAUUAUAUGGCGACAAUCAACCCUCAUGCGAACCGGUUAAAACUGUUAGAAGGGGCCGCAGAGGGAUUGCUGCAUUUACACACAUAUUCUCCUCCAAUAGUACAUGGAGAUCUCAAAUGCGCGAACAUACUUGUCAAUGACGACGGAUCAGCUUGUUUAGCCGACUUUGGAUUAUCGAAGGCUCAUGAAGAAGUGACGUCUCUCAGUCUCAGAGAUGCUGGUUCUCAGAGAUACAUGGCUCCCGAACUUUUUGAAGGCCCGGAGACGACAAUAUACCCUUAAAAUCUCUAGCUAGCGACAUUUAUGCGUUUGGCCAAGUGAUGCUAGAGCUACUCUCCGGCCAAAGACCAUUUUACGAGCUCCGUCAUGAAAGUAUGAUAUAC